UUUUACUAAUCAUCUUUAAUUUUUAUUUUUUAAUGUAAUUUUUUUUUUAUGUUAUUUGUUCUGAUGCAUUUAUAGUCAACGACGUAAAAGAUCUUGAAUCACUGCAUGACGUAGACCAUUGAUGGUGGGAGACACUUCUCAUUGUUGAUCUCUUGCCAAAGAAAUUUCAAUGACAAGUAGAUUCCUUCAAUACCUAAUUCAUUGAUUAAAUCCCUGACUUAGAUAUUUUAUGAAGUUGAAAAAAUAUUAACGGUAAAAAUAUGAAUAACAGUACAUGGAACAUUUGAUGAAGCUCAUUUAGUUCUGUGCAUGCCUUCCUCUUGAGGUGUUUUGUUGUCCAUUAAGAUGACAAUUUGUUCAGUUACUCUAACAUUCUAUGCACUUAUUGUUAACUCUUAUUUGCACAAUUUAGUUUUUUUCCACUUAUAUUAACAUUUGAGUCAUACAUCAACUUAAAUCCUUAAAUAUUAAUCUUUGUCAACGAUAAACAACGGUUAACACUUCCGGUUUUUAAUUGGAUAAGCAAUAAGUCAUACAAAAAUGCUAUCUCUUACAUUGUACAAUAAAUUUAAUAUUUUUUUAGAAAAUUAUUUGCUCAGUCAAUUAGUGAAUUGUAAAAAUGUUUAUUUAUGACAUAAUAUGACCAAAAUUGGAUAAAUGUAUAUAAAAAAAAAAUUAAAGUAUGUAACUAUUGCUGAAAUAUAAUAGUUGAUGAUGAAGACGAGUGAUAUGAAAGUUCAGUGUAGAUGAUAAAGUGAAGUGUAAUUAAGAAUGUUGUUAAGAAAUAUAAAAUUAUUAUCGAAUGACGUGUGAAAGUGAAAAAGGAAAAAGGAGAAUAUGGGAACUGGCAAAAUGGAUAGGGGAAUUCCAAGUAGUACUCUAGCUACCUUGAGAGGAAUUCUAGUGAGUUCCUUAUCAAAGGAAAAUCUUGGUCCAUAUGAUCUACCUCAAGUGAAUCACUCACUGAGAUUACGAAGCCGAAAAGUACACUUUAGAGAAGGUGAGUAUCUGUUGAAUCCAACAACAAUUAAAACAACCACAAAUACAAAAUUACCCGGAACUGCUCCUGAAGAAUCUAACCAAAGGUCUAGCUCAGCACAUAAUCGCCACUCUCUUACAAAGGAGCAAACAUUACACUGGUUUGCUAAUAUUGGGAAUAAUAUCAACUUACAUCAACAUGGAGAUUCAAAGCGUCGCAGUUUCUACGAUGAAGACUCUCUAGAUGGUGAUGACCUGCAUGAAAAACAAGGUCGAGAGUCUACGGGAAGUUUAAAGGACAUAGACCGAGCGAAGCUUGUACGUGAGAGGCAAAACGAAGAACGACAGCGAAAAUUAGAAGAACUUAAACAACAAGCACUUGCUGCUCAAAGAUUUCGCGAGCAACGAGAUGAGGAAAGAAGAAGACGUAUUGAAGAAUUAAGAUUAAAAGAUAAUGAUAGACGAAGUCAAGUAGAGGAAAGGAAACGUUUGAUAUGGGAAGCAGAAAGAGAACGACGAGAGGCUAUUUUAAGAAAGAAUCAAGAACGUGAAGCUCGAAUUGAAGCAAAAAAGAAAAAUGAACGUUCUCAUAUCGUUUUUGCAUUUGGAAGCUCGACACCUCGAAUGCUUGAACCUGCGGAUACGGGUGGUUCAUCUUUUUGGGGAACACGUAGAGCUACUUCAACAACCAAUGUCAUGAUGUUCCCAAAUGCUCAACCACUUACUAGAAGAUCUUCUGAACGAGAGCUGGAUGGUAGUAAAAAGCGUGCCACUUCAGCUGGAGGUCUUGAUCGAAAACCUGGUGAAGAUAUGAGAAUGUCCUCAUCUAUGUAUGAAGUGUUUAAUUGGAAUUCUAGUCCCGAUUCUUGUCUAACUUAUGCAAAAAAUAAGAGAGCCAGCCUCUCUCUGCCUCCCACAACUGACAUCUUUGCCAUUCAUAAGUCGGAUAAUGACACGAAACGUACGACAAUGCCGCGGGCGGCCAGUGGUGAGGAGAGUGAUGGAACGCCAGGAACACCGAAUAUAAAUCUCCUGCGUGUAAAUCGUCGACGAACAGAUCUAAUUCCAACGAUACCAUCACCCCGAGAUGGACCACAGAUGACGAGUCGUAUUUUGAACUCCAAGGCCUUCACACGAUCUCCAGGUAGGACUUACUCAAUGUCCAGACUGGAUCAGCUUUCACAACCGAGGAAGCCUCGCACGGGUGAGCUUCAAACUCUUGUUGAACAGCAGCAUCCACACAGUCAACAUUAUCAAGACCGUCAGAGUGCUCAAACCCUGGGCGCUUCCAGCAUGAGUCGAAGCAUGUCGCAUUUGGCUGCGCCUGGGGUUAAAAGUCUUAAGCGAUCUGAUAAUUCGCGUAGCAUGGGCACAUUACCAGGUGCUGUCCUUCUUCCAAGGUCAACAAGAGCCGAGAAGUUACGCCGAAAAGCUCGCGAGUUGCAAGCUCAACAGCAACAACAAGGUAUCCGGAGUGGUGAGGUGACACCAAGCAGCCCAUCGCGACCCCACAGCUCCAUGAGUCAACAGAGUAACAGCAGUGUGGCCAGUAGUAACGUCAAUCUACGUUCUCGCACAUCUACCCCGCGGCGUCCGCGACCUGCUUCUAUUGCCGGAACUGGUGUAACUGCCACAGAGCGAUACAACAUGUCAGCGGAGGCAAAGAUAAAAGAUUCGAAGCCACCACUGCCAAAGGUCCAUACAACUCCAAAGAAACCGUCGUCAGCAUCAUCACGUUCAGGAAGUGCUGAGAAAGAAAUGAAAAAGCCAAGUGACAAAUUGAUAAAGAGUGCAAGAGCAUCACCUCGUAUUACUCCAAAGGCAACUCCUCUACAGAGUCCUAGUGUUGAACAGCCGCCACUUAUUCGCCAAGAUACAACUGAGAUAAUCAAGAAUAAUAAUAAAGAAUCCCAAGAACCGACAGUUAUUAAAACUGAUGAUAAACAAGAUGAGAAAAAAGAUUUAGGAAAUGAAAAAAAUACCAUCGAUAUUGAAACAAAUAAUUCAAAAUCCGAAGUCAUUUCUCAUUCAACGGAUAACCGUUCAAUUUCUCUUCAAAAAAGUGUUAAAGAGGAAUCUUCAGUGAUUACCAAAGAAGAAAAAAAAGAUGAAAACGAGAAAAAACUAUCAAUAUCUUCAGAAGUUAAAGGUGCUGAUGAAGAUACUGAAGAAGCUGUUGAUAUGUCAGCUUCAAUGAUUGCUAAGAUUCGAAUUACAACAGAAGAAGAAGCUAAAGCAGCUUUGGCAGAGCGUAGAAGACUUGCCCGAGAACAAGCAGAGCGAGAAGCUGAACUUGAACGCCAACGACUUGUAGAAGAGGCACGUCUUGAAGCAGAAAGACUCAAGGCUGAAGAAGAAGAGCAACGACGUCUUGAAGAAGAAACAUUACGUUUAGCAAAUGAAGCUAAAGAGGCUGAAGAACAAAGGUUACGCCUUGCUAUUGAAGAUGCUAAACGCCGAGAGGAAGAAGAUAGAAAACGACGUGAAGAAGAAGUUCGGCAAAAAUUAGAAAAAGAAGAGGCUGAUCGAAAAGCACGAGAAGAAGCUGAGAGACAACGACUUGAGAUGGCAGAACGACUGAAAAAAGAAGAAGAAGAAAGAAUUGCUCGCCGUAAGCGGGUAGAAGCCAUUAUGAAGCGAACACGUGGAGGAAACAACCAAUCUAAUACACCUUCAAAGGGUGAUGGUGAUAAGUCAAAAGAGGAGAGUCCAAGUGAAGAAAAUAAGCCAAUGGCGAGUAACAAAGUGGAUGAUGUAAUGACAACAAGUUUAAUAUCGGAAGCCACUCAACAAUUUAUUAAUUCAGAGAAAGAAGAUAAUCAUAAUACUGCAAACAAUAGUUCUACUACAGAUAUAAUGCGUAAUGGUACUCACAGUAAUGGUAUCAAUCAAAAUAGUAAAACGAUUAUUGAAAAUAAUUCAAGCCAAGAUAAUGGAGAUGAGUUCAGCAGUCAUCAUGCAAAUAAUCAGAACAAUCACAAAAAUGGAAUCACCAAUCAAAUUACAUUGGACAAUGCUACUGUCAAACAAAACAACAUGACCAACAACCUGUUAGAUAUCUCAGAGUGUGAUACAUUGAAUAAUAGCAGUCGAGGCCCUAUCUAUGAUUUGUCGUCAAAUUUUUCAAACGAAGAUACCCUCAACUCCAAUUUAAAUCCAGCAGCAAUGCCCUUCACUCCUAUGGUCAACCCUUUCAUGAAUGUUACUGGAAACUCUAAUUCUAAUCCGUUCCAUGAUGCUUUCACCGCCAAUAAAAAUCAGGAAAAUAAUCCAGUACCAGAUUUACUUUCAUGAAGAAAGCAUGAAAUACUUUAAUGAUUGGGGAAGAAAGUCAAAUAAAGAAUUAAUUAAUUGCUCUUAUAAGUGCAGGGUAAAUGAUAAUUACCAUCAUCAGAAUAUAAUAAUAAUAUUCGCUUAAAAAAGCAUGAUAAAGAGUAAAAAAUAAUAAAUCGAAUAAUAAAUAACAAUUACAAAUAAAUGAACGGAAUAAGUACCGAAAGGACUAUUGACAAGUGCUGAUAAUGAAUGUAAAUAAAAGAUUGUUAGAAUUUCUAUAGGUAAAUUAAGUCUAAA